GCCAGAUUAUAGACUGUACGCAUUAUAGAGGGCACGUGAUCGCUGCUGACUACGUGGCUCAGAAGGUCCCAGAGGACCGCCGUCAACAUGUCCGAGUGAUAGACAUUGCCGCAGGUACAGGCGCUGUCGGCCUCGAGCUACAUAAUAAAGGAUUCACGAACAUCGAUGCCCUGGAACCCUCAGAAGGAAUGUUGAACAUUCUUAAAGAAACUGAAGUGUACAACCUUAUAUAUCAGGAGUUCAUAAGCCAGGACCCGACAACCAUUCCUGAAGACACAUAUGAUGUGGUGGUGACCUCUGGCAGCCUAGCUGAGAGCCACAUGCCUGUUCAAGCCAUCGAUGAAUUUAUACGGAUCACCAAGCCAGGUGGUCUGGUGGUAAUUGUGACGGCUGUGAAGUACCUGACGACAGUCGAGGCUUACAAGGACAAGCUGGAGCCACACAUGGAGUGCCUGGAACAACAGGGGUUGUGGCACAAGGAGCAAAAUGUACCAUUCUUAAAAGAUGGCAAGAAGUAA